GCAAAACAUUUUUCAGAAGCGAAAGUAAAGCGAACGUAUCUGUAUUUCUCAUACGAAUAGAAACACGAUUAUGGCUGAUGGUAAUAUCCAGUUAUCGACUUCCUUUACAACUCCUGAUCCUGAGUACAAAGCAAUUCUGAUACAAAAUAAAACAAAAGACGCAACUGUUCUUCUCGAUAUCUACUCUAAAUAUGAUAAAUUAUGCUGGUUACCCCUAAAAACGGAAGUCAUUGAAAGUCAGAAGCAAUUCUUUUAUAGGGAUAAAAAAACGUUCUCGUAUAAGAUACGCUCGAAGAAAGAAACAGAUCAGAUAUACAAAACUUUUCCUGUUAAAAAAUGUGUGGAUAAUAAGUUAAUAAUGCUUGAAGAAGGUGAUCAAGACUUUAAAGUUAAUGAACACGAUCUGAUUAAUUAUCCUAGAGAGUGGCAAAUUUGCGUUAGGAGAAAGAACUUGGAAGAUGAAACAUCUGAGAAAAUGGGGAGAAACCUGUACGCAAUCUUGAAACUGGACAUGAAGGAUGUUCGAAAACAAUCACCAGAAGAGCAAGACAAGAUGAUUAGGAAAGCAUACCAUAAACAAAUGCUCAUAUUUCAUCCUGACCAUAAUCCAAAUGCAGACAACCAUAUAUGCCAAGAAAUUAUUAUGGCUUACAGCAUCUUAGGAGAUCGUGAAAAGAGAGCAAGCUACCACGACCUAACAGACUACAGCGGCGGUUGGUUAUCUAAAUCGCGUUGGAAAGCUAUAUUUAAACCUGAAGCUCACGGUAGACACGAAGGUCUUAAAAGAGUUGGUCUUUUGUUGUUCAGCGCAGUGUGUGUUGUAGGAGGCGUAGCUAUAACAGUAUUGACUGGUGGAUUGGGCCUUCCAAUUCUUAUCGUCGGUAACAUAAUCGCGGGCGGGUUGAUUGGAGGGUCAAUCCAAGGUGCCUUUAGAACGAUCAGUUACGACUCAAUCAAAAAUGGAGUAGAACUGAAGAAAUACGCGAAAAGUUUUGGAAUAGGGGCGGCUUUGGGUGCCAUUGGUGGUAUUGCAACAGCAGGAGUGACAAUGGCUAUAAUAGGGACAGGAAACACCGCUGUUGCUAUUGCUGAAGCUGCUGUCAGUGAUCUUAUUGCGAGCGGAGCAGCGUCAGGAUCGAUUAAUG